AUGUCGACCAACGGACACUCUGAUACAGCAGCUUUGCUGACUUCCAUCGCGAGCACCAUCGCCGAGAAGACGACAGAACUUGCUGACCUGCUCAAGAGCCAUAACAUUAAUCAACCCUCUUUCAGUGAGGAGAGCUAUGACCCUUACGCUGGUGAGGAUAAGACCGUCCGACGAACUCGAUACGAGAUAGUCAACGCGGCCGUCGAUCUUGUACGGCUUGCGCAGGGACCGGAGGACCAAAUACUGCAAACAGCGUGGGCGGCAUCCGACUCCAACAAUUUGGCGGUUCUUGUCCAUUUCGAUAUACCACAGGCUAUUCCAUUCGGCUCAUCCAUCACGGGUACCAAGGUGGCUGCUAAGGUCGGGUUGCCAGAGGAUAUUGUGCUGCGUAUACUGCGCUUUGCAGUGACGUCCGGUUACUUUGUUGAAGAACCAGCAGGAUCGUUCUGGCACAAUUCCGUUUCGGCUCGUCUGGCUCAUAGCAAGCCCCUGCGGGACAUUGCACUCACAAGCACACAUGAGCUCCUACAAAUUUUUACCAAGCUUCCAGAUGCGCUGGACUUAUUGAAAAACUCAAAGGACGGGGAGAAACCCGCUCUCGCCUUUGACGUAGCAUUUCCAGGUUACCAGAAAGGUAUCUUCGAGUUUGUGCAGAAGAAUCCAGUCGCCGCACAGCAUUACCACGCAUUUCAGAGUGGCAAAGUACAAACAAGUCGCUGGUCUCAAAGAAACAUUGCCGAGGGCUGGGAUUGGGCCGCGGUUGGGUCUGGAACCAUUGUAGACGUCGGAGGCUCACUCGGACAAACCUGUAUCGCAUUGGAACAUGCUAGUCCCAAAGCCCAAUUCAUUGUUCAGGAUGUGCAUCCUGGGAUCCUCCAGAAGGGACGGCAGGCCAUGGAGGCAGGACACCCUGAGCUCGCCGCACGCACUUCGUGGGAAGAAUACGACUUUUUCACGCCACAGAAAACAUCCGGUGACGUUUACAUCUUCCGCCACAUUUUCCAUGAUUGGCCUGAUUCUGAUGCCAUCAAACUUCUGAAGAACCAGGCAGCUGGUCUCAAGGAUGGCGCACACCUUCUUGUCAUUGAAGGCGUCCUGCCUAUGGCCCCCAUUAAGCGAGACAACACCAUUGAUGGUAAAAAUAUCUGGUUCGAGGAUCUGUUUAUGAUGACAGUACAUGGCAGUGGGGAGCGGACAUUGGAACGUUAUCUCGAUAUUUUCAGGCAGGCUGAUUCCAGGUUCCAGUUCGUGGGUCAAAGAAGUGGUCAGGACGGAGCUUUCCAUUCAAUUCUGCACUUUGUCUUCAAGGUGUGA